AUGACAUUGCUUCUGAAGUGUUAUUUCUUGCUUUUGGCUCUGAAUGCGUAUCUUAUCCUUACUAUUCAAGCAGAAUGUACAAAAGACUGUGCAUCCUGUGCCCAUCAAUUGGCAUAUCAUGCUGGUAUCAACCCUUUGCCAUGUACACUAGAAUGUGAAGGAAAACUGCCUUCUGCCAAAGCCUGGGAAACCUGCAAGGAACUUCUUCAGAUUACCAAACUGGGCCUUCCCCAAGAAAGCAGCAGCAUCCUAGUGGACAGUCCAAAAGAGGAUGAAAGCCAUUUGCUAGCCAAAAAGUAUGGUGGCUUCAUGAAAAGGUAUGGUGGCUUUAUGAAAAAGAUGGAUGAGCUCUAUCAUGUAGAACCAGAGGAAGAGGCCAACGCUGGAGAAAUUCUUGCUAAAAGAUACGGAGGGUUUAUGAAGAAAGAUUCAGAUGAUGAUGGUUUAGCUAAUUCAUCUGAUCUUCUGAAGGAGCUUCUUGCAACAGAGGAAAAUACUGAAAUAGGACACUAUCAGGACUUGAGUGAUAGUGAUAGUGAGGUCCUCAAGAGAUAUGGUGGCUUCAUGAGAAGCAUAAAGCGCAGUCCAGAGCUGGAAAGUGAUGCCAAAGAGUUACAGAAGAGAUAUGGUGGAUUCAUGAGAAGAGUAGGAAGGCCAGAAUGGUGGCUGGACUACCAGAAAAGAUAUGGUGGAUUUCUGAAGCGGUUUGCUGAUACUCUUUUUCCUUCAGAUGAUGAUGGAGAAAGUUAUUCCAAAGAGGCUCCAGCGAUGGAAAAGAGAUAUGGUGGAUUUAUGAGAUUCUAGCAUUUCUUGUUUUGUCCUUUUGGCAAUCAAAGACUGCCUCAUUGACCAUAAUUUAGUGUAAUGUAUUGCUUGUACUGUACAGUUUUUUACUGUCCUGGUUAAUAAUGCAACCCAUUGUCUGUUAUUUCAG